AUGCCACUCCCUAUAACAACGCUCAUUGCGAUCAUUGUUCCGUCGAGUGCUGGCCUUCUCAUCUUUCUCCUCAUCAUCUACUUGAGAUGUUUGCGACAAACCCACAAGCCGGUUCCUCUCCCACCUAAACAAGAGCUGGCUCGUUACCGCGAACCUCACAUUGUUACUGCUUCGUCCCAACUGGCCCGCCAGCCGACAUGGUACGACCCUGGAAAACUCUCUGCCCCCGCGUCUCUGGCGCCCUUUAGCACAAGCCGGUCGUCGCUUGUCCCGCCAGACAACAGUCUGUCCCGCCAUGCCAGCUUUCAAGCGAGCGAAACCCUUUCAGAGGACCUGUCCUACGAUGCACACCCCAUAUCCGUGGCCUCCCUGGCAUUACCUCAUCUCUCCUUCGACAACAGCAGCACGUCCCUGUCGACUGUUGAAACCGACUCCCCACCAAUUAUCUCUGCGACGAACUCCUCAUUCUCUCUACACCAUCAAUCUCGCAGGCCAUCAUCCUCUUCACGACCCCCCCGUCGCCACCGACCCCUCUCUGUUGGAUCGAGUUCUCAUAAUACAAUUCGUGGUGUUCCUCAUGGCCCUCAUAGCCAAGUCCAAAUUGUCCUCCCCCAGCCCCUCGCGUUUCAAAGUGGCCCCAACCACCCGCCACAACAGCGGUAUAGCGUUGUUGAUCAAUGGGCGCUUACUUCCACCCGUUCUUACCAACCACAACCACAACCACAGCAACCAAUACCCCGGCCGUUGAGCUCUGCGCCUCGACGAUCGACCUCACAGUCGAGCCUUGGCCACGCGCGCCGACCUGUAUCAACCACUUCUACUUCUGUACCUAGAGACCCCCUUCCCCACCAGCACCAUAUUCCACCAGUGCCCCGCCUGCCCCCGGAAUUAGUCGCAUCUCUGACAGGAGCGACGGAAAAUUUCGAGCGCGGGCGCUCGCACGAAAUGUCCACUGAUCGAAUACCCCUUCCUGUAGAUAAACCACCUCCACCACCAGCAAAAAUACUACAGAAACGCAGUCGCUCGAGAGGAAGAAGUGGAAGCUGA